AAUAUUGAUUGGAUCAUCAAUUGAUUAAAGAUUGUAAAAAUCUUUUAUCAUCAUUCACAUUUGUGAACUGAAUUGAUUAUAUAUAGAUUGGUGAUUCUUCUGAUCAAUUCUAAUAUAUUCUUUACAUUUUUUUCCCUUGACUUUGGCAUGUGUUUUUAUAUAUCUGUGUCUGUGAGCAAAGAAUUUACCUGUUAUUCGAACAAUUUUUUUUUGUUCACAAUACAAUUCUAUACAAUUGAAUUGAUUCAUUCAUACAAACACAUCCAUUCGUCUAUCAAAUUUCAUUAGAAUUCUUUAUAAUGAAAAUUUCUUUGUACCUCCGAUACCUUGACCAAUUUCUAUAAUCCAUCAUUAUCAUCAAUUGCUUAUCAUAAUCUCAUCAUCAUUGAUAAAGUGUAUUCUUUGGAAAUCCAAUUCUUUUUACAUUGAUAACACUCACACAUAAUUAUAAUAAAAAAAAAUACAAAAAAAUCAUAAAAACAAAAAAUUUUCAUCAAAAAAAAAAAAAAAAAAAAAUCCAUACAUAACCCAAAAUCAUCUCAUCCAGCAGCCGGCUAUCAUCCAUCUAUCAUCAUCAUUCACCAUUCGUUUUGUUGUUUGAUGUUAAUGUUCGGAAAAAAAUUGGUCACGUCGUUUAUAUAUCAUUACUAGGAUUAUAAGAUAUUAUUAUUAAAAAAUCUGAUUACUCUAUCGAAAUUUAUAAAUUGUGUGAAAAUUCUAACCGAAUCUUGUACACAUCAAUCAAGUAUUUUUCAUUGUCAUUUUCUAAACUAAUCAAAUUGAAGUAAACAUGAAUCAAAACGGCCAAACAACGACUAAACGGAGUAAAAAUCGUUCAUCUGGUGUUUCAUUAAAUGCAUCAUCAUCUAUAUCAUCAAAUGUUCAAAGAACGAUAAAUCGUUCGAUGCGAAACAAUUAUCCAAAUAAUCCACGUGGUAUGGAUGGUAACAUGUCAUCAUCAUCAUCAUCAUCAUCAUUACAUCGAAACAUUCAUCCAUCGAAAUCAUCGCAAUCGAUGAUGGUAUCACAAACAAGUGGCACUAAUCACCAUCCUCAUCAUCAUCAUAUGGCAAAUGCAGUUGCAGUAACCACCGAAGUACCCUGUAACAGCGGUGUUUAUAAGAAUAAACGAUUAGUUCAUGCAAUGACAUCGUUGAUCGGCUGUUUGAUUGAAGUCCAACUGGAUAACGGUAUACGUUAUGAAGGCAUCCUUAAAACAUUCUCUUCCGAUUUUCAAUUGGCUUUAUGUUCAGCCGCUCUGAUUGAUAAUAUCGAUGAUGAAAAACGUUGUCAACCAUCGGCAAACAACAGUAGUAGCAGCAACAAUAUCGGCAAUCUUUUGGGAGCAUUAGAAUGUGAAGAAAAUGUUGUCGAAACAUUGGUUAUAAGUCCAAAAAAUUUGGUCACAUUCAAAGCGUUGAAUGUUGAUCUGGAUUUUGCCACCAAAAAGGCUGUAAUGACCGACAGUGAAAUCGCAAAACAUGAUGGUACUACUAAACAACAUCGGGAAUUAAUUCCUUGGGAUGGCGGUGAAGACGGUAGUGAUGGUAAUGAUUCAAUGGGUCUAGAUACGUUGGAUGAUCACAGUGGAUUAUCUCUUGCUGGAAACGUAUCGAAUGGUUGGAAAACUGAAGAUAUGUUCAAAUUAAAUGAAAGUAAAUAUAAUAUAGAAACGACAUAUCAAGAUGAUAUGUCAGAAUAUACAAUUAAAUUAGAGCAUCGUAAUGAUGAAGAAUAUAAACAACGAGAAGCACAAGCGGCCAAGAUUGCCCGUGAAAUUGAACAAGAUUCUACACGUUUGGCACGUUAUGCUAAAGAAGAUGAACUUGAUGAAGAAUCUCGUUAUUCUGCUGUGAUUCGUGGCGAUCCAGAUAUGACGGAAUCGGGGAGCAAUAUGACAUCUCCACCGAAUAAUUCUUAUAAUAAUAAUAACCAUCAUCAUCAUUAUCGGAAUGAUAUGAAUCAUCAUCCAUCUGAUAGGAAUCAGCCUGAUAGAAAUCGUGAUAAUAAUCUGCGCAUUAGCAAUUCGGGAGAUAAUCUUGGUGGAUUUCGAACACAAAAUUCUCGACAAAAUCGUGGCCGCUUGAAUGCUAAUCGUGUUAGUGGUGGCAACAGCAGUGGAGGAGAUCGUUCUGGUGGUGGACCAUCAACCGGUCCUAAUGAGUCGAAUUGGCGUGAUGCUAAUAAUCGAGUUAGUGCUAAUCAUCGCUAUCAUCAGCAGCAAUCACAACAACCAUACGGUUCAGCACAGAAUCCGAAUAAAUCAAAUUCUGGCUAUGUUGAUCGUAAAUACAAUGCUAUAAAUUCGCAGCAACAAUCACCAAACCAACAACAACAGCAGCCACAACAAACGUACCAAUCAAGUGCGGCUAGUCAAGCCAAUAAUAAUAAAUCUAGUUAUUCAUCGGUUUCGGCACGAAAUGUACCUAAUGAUAUGAUGGCCACCACCAAUGAAAUGGAAACGAUUAAAACAUUCACAAGAAGUUCUGGUCAACAUGGUCAACCGCCGCCAUCAAACGAUUCGGAUAAUGUUGGAUAUCAACGUAAAACAUCAUCGGGAAAUAACUCGAAUAGUUUGCCACAACGUGAAUCAUUCAAACAACAACAACAACGUACUCCUUAUAAUCGGGUAGUAGAACAACAACAAUCACAUCAUCAACAGCACCAGCAUCAUACAGUCCAACAAUCACAUUCGGAAUCGAAAAUGCCUUCGAAUAAUAACAAAUCAUUAGAAUCUUCAGAUAUCUCAUCAACAAAAUCGUCGCUUCCCACAUCCCCAUCAUCCGGUCCAUCAUCAAAUAUUUCGACACCGACUGCUGAGCUAUCAUUAAUGAAACCACAGACAACUAAUGUGGCUUCCAAAACGGUAGAAAUUCAUCAAUCGAAAUCCAAUGAUCAAAACUAUCAGCCACAAACUCGUAUAACAAGUCCAAAACAAAGAUUAGAUGGAAAUAAUAAUAAUAGAAAAUCGCUUGAUCCAUUACCUACCGGAGAAAAUCGACCCACCAUGGUUGAUGCUAUUAAGAAAGGAACUAACAUGAAUCAACAACAGCAGCAACAACAACCAGGAAAAUCUUUGAUAUCAAGUUCAAAAGAUAACAUAGAUUCGAAUGAAUUUAAAAAGUUGCCAUCAGAUUCAACAGUAAUUCAGACAGCGACUCCAUCAUUAUCAUCAACUAGCCUUAACAAUGUAACGACUUCAAGCAAUUCGAUUUCUACAGCUGCGGUCAGUUUUACAUCAACAGCAAUUACAUCUACUACUGUGACUACAUCAUCCUCUUCCUUAACCACUACGGUUCAACAGCAGCAGCAACAACAACAACAACAAUCAUCAACAACCGCAUCAACACCAUCAUCUGUUGAAACACAUGAAAUAGUUGCCACAUCAAAAUUAAAUCCAAAUGCCAAAGUGUUUACGCCUCGUGCUGUUCAGUUACCUACGGCAACUCCCCCACAGCAGCCGAAUCCUCAACAGGUUGUUGCUCCUUUACCACCACCCAAUUAUGCAUCACCUUACCCAUCGGUUGCUGCCGGACAUAUGUCAGCAACGACACCACCAUCUAUUCCAUCUACACCUUCAUUAGCUGGACCAGCCGGUACAGUAGUACCCGCUGGCCAAUUCAUCCCCUAUACUCAUCCUCAUCCAGGCGGUGGUGGGGCACCUGGUCCACAUCUAACUGGCCAUGCUGCUCAUCAUGCCCCACAACAACCCAUUCGUUAUCCAAUACAAUUUCAAUAUAAUCCUAUGAUGACGCAUCAGAUGGUUCCACAAUAUAUAGCAAUACAGCAUUUUGCAACUUCCAUGCCUGCAGGUGCUGUAACGGCAACUGCGCCGCCUACCGCCGUAGUAACUUCACAACAGUCUUCUGGUGUACCACAAAAUCAGCCACUGCCACCUUCCGGUUCUUCUCAUCAUAUGAUUGCAGCGAAUGCUCAAUCGAUGGCAACACAAGCGGCUGGUGCUAAUUCUUUAGUUCAAAAUAAUGGACAUGGUCCUCAACCGCAACAAGGUCCUCCUCAACAAUCACAACAACCGGUCAAUCAAUCACAAACACGCGGACAUUAUCGGGGCGGUGGUAAGGGUGGUCCAGGCGGAAAUCCCAAUGCCAAUCAACAAUCACAGCAGCAGCAACUGAUACGACAUCAACAUCAUGAAGCAUUUGUUUCACAACAACAAGCACAGGUAGCUAAUGUGACCGGACAACCAAUUAUGACCGGUGCUACUCAACCACAGCAUUUACCUGUUGUAUUCCCAGCUCAGACUGUCCAUCAUCAUCACCAUGCACAGAAUCAAAUUCAUCACGGCCAACCUGGUGGACAAAGUGCAGCCAUGGCUGCUCAGCUUGCUGCAUCGGCUCAACCUGGUCAUCAAAAUCAAGCAUUGACCCAUUACAUGUAUCAAGCUGGAUUUCCACGGCCAUUGUUACCCACUCAUCAAUCACAUCAUCAUCAUCCAAAUGCAUUGAACAUGGCCAUUCAACCUGGUCUAUAUGCCCCACCAGAUGCUCAUAUGCCUACUGUCUAUAUGCAAACAGAAAUGCCACCAACACAUCAGAUUGUCACUGCUCAAUCGAUGGCACCACCACCCAAUGCAAAUAUUCCACAAACAAUCGUUAUUCCUACUAGCGGUGGUAAUGGACCAGCCGCAACAGGAACGGCAGCCGUCGUUUCAGCAACACCAUCCUCAGCGCCACAAGGUUCCGUUCCAACUUCUCAACAAUCACAACAACAACAGCCUACAUUUGGGUGA